CGCCGGGUCCCGCGGCGCGCUGGCCGCCGCGGCGGGCCAGAGGGCCGCCGCCCCCGGCGCGCGCGACUAUCGGGUGGAGAAGACCCUGCUCGAGACGAGGAGGAGGCUCGAGGAGGCCGAGGGGGGGCGGCCGGAGGCCGGCGCCGGCGCCGGCAUGCAGCACCACGGGGACGAAGCUAGCAGUCGACAGCAGCGGCAGCGCCAGCAGCAGCAGCAGCAGCACGCGCGCACUGCCCACGGGAACCAGCGCCUGCCCAGCUUCUCCUUCACGCACGUGAGCGUCACCGGCCCGUCGCCGCCCACUCACGCCGCGCCGCCGUGGCUGCCCGCCGGCGGCCGCUUCGCCGGCGCCCGGGCAGGCGCCGGCGACGUCUUCUUCGCCGACGGCUGCGGCGACGGCUCCUACGCCGGGACGAAUGGCGCGGAGGCGUUCGGCGGGUUCGGCGGGACCCACGCGGCCCACGCGGCCCACGCGGCCGGCGGGGCGCCGUCGCGCACGCUCUCCAGCCCCGGCUUCCGCGGCAGCCCCGGCAGCUCGGGGACGGGCACGCCGCUCGCCGGCGCCCUGUCGCCCGCGCAGCUGCAGGCGAUCCGCGAGCAGAUGGCGGCGGGGCUGCGGCGCCUGCGCGAGCUGGAGGAGCAGGCGAAGCUGUUGCCGGUGAUGCAGGUGAAGAUCGCCGUGCUGCAGGAGGAGAAGCGCCAGCUCGUCGCCAAGCUGCGCGGCGCCGCGGGCGACCCCGAGGCGCUGCAGCCGCUCGGGUUCCGCAAGCGGGCGUACAGCGCCGGCAGCGCCGGCAGCCGCGGCGAGCUGGAAGCGCUGGCGGGACGCGGCGAGGACGAGGCCGGCGGCGGCGGAGGCGCCGGCGCCGCGGCCGAAGCCGUCGGGAAGGCGGUCCGCUCGGAGGAGUUCCGUGCGCUGGCGGAGGGGAUACAGGUGCUGGAGAGGGCGGUGCAGGACGGGGAGCGCGGUCCCGAGACCCGGCUCUCGCCGACGCCGCCGUGCUGCGGGGACUCCGGCGCCGGCGGCGCCGAGCGGCCGGCAGGGCCGUCGCGGCGGGACGCGGCCGUGGCGGCGGCGCCGGAGAUGCGCUCGGCGUGCACGGCGGUGUCGGAGGAGGAGCUGGGCGAGCGCCGGCUGGAGGCGGAGUCGGAGCGCCGGCGCGAGCUCGAGCCGGAGCUCCGGGAGCUGCGCGCCGGGCGGCGGCGCCUGGAGGCCCGGCUGGCCGAGGCGGAGCACGGCCUGCAGAUGGCGCGGCUCCGGCUGCAGCUGCGGGCGGCGCACACGGCGCACAAGGGCGUGACGGCGCGGCCCAGCGUGGCCGACGCGUGGGCCGAGGCGCGGCCGGCGACGCGGAGCCAGGGUGCCGGCAACCACGCCGAGACGAGGGACGUCGCCGUCGCGGCGGCGCCGGCGACGGCCGCCGCCGCCGUGCAGUGCCGCGUGGACCCUGUCGCCGUGGAGACGGACGCGGGGCCGGCGCCGCGCCGCGACCGGCGCGGCCGGGAUCGUGCCGAGGCCGGAGAGGCCGAGGACGGGCCGCGGGCGGAAGCGGCGGCGGAGGCGCCGGUUCCGCCCGUGCCGCCGCCGGCGCGCGAGGACAAGCAGACGAACACCUCGGCGCCGUCGCUGGCGGACGUGGCCACCAACACGCGGGCUGCGCAGAGCCGCUCGGUGGCCGUGGGGGACGGCAGGGUGAGGGACGCCCCGACGGCGCCGAGGACUCGUUCGGUCGGCGUCGGCACCGCCAGCGAGCGCCGGUCUCUCGCCGACGUGGCCCCCGGGCCCAGUGCCGGCGCCCGACGGCAUUCGUCCUCUUCGGCGGCGUCGUCAUCCUCGGCGGCCGGCGCCGCGUUUCUGGCGGCGGCGGUGGCGGCGGCCGAGCCAUCGCCGGUGGCGCCGCCGAGAUUCCGUGACGUGGGCGUCGGUGGGUUCAGCGUGACGGGGAACGAGCUGGUGGGGCUGAGGACGCGCAGCAUGUCGAGCAACACGGCGCGCGGCGACGGGCGGGCGCCGGCGGGCGGGCCCGAGGCGGCGCUGGCGGGCGAGACGAUCGGGGCCUACAUCGAGCAGGUGCAGCGCCUGCUGCAGGAGCAACAGACACUGCUGUCGCAGAACUACCUGGAGCUGGCCGACGCGUUCGGGCAGCAGCAGCAGCAGCCGGCGCCUGAGCAGGCCCGGCAGCAGAUGGGGUCGCUGGAGAAUCGCAUCCUCAGCACGGUGCACUCGCUUUCCAGCAUCCACGCGGCCAUCCGCGCCAGCUGCGACGAUCUCAGGACCCCUUUAUCAGAGCCGGGGGCGGCGCGUUCCCCGGUCCUCGCCGUGGCGAACACCGAGGCCGCCGCCGCCACCACCACCACCACCGCCGUCACCGUCACCGAGUCACAAGCGAGCAGCGGCGAGGCCGGCGGUGCCGGGGCCACCGGUGCCGGGGCCACCGGUGACGCUUGCUCCCGGCACCCUCUGCUCAUUGAAGAGACGCCGGGCGCGCUGCAACGGGGCGACACGAGUCCGGAGUCAUCGACCGAGGACUCCGGCUCUUCCUCCUCCUCCUCCUCGGAGGAGGAGGACUCCACCUCCUCGGAGGGGUCCCUGGCGCGCACCCCCGACGGCCGCCUCCCCACCAGCGAAGAGAAACAAGAUUUUGAGAAGGUGGCAGAGGAUGGUGGGACGGAGGCACAGGAGUUCGAAGAUGGCGAGGAGGUGUUUGUGAAGGAGGGCGAUGAAGUGAGCGUUGACGAGAGGCUGCUAGCCACGUGUCUGCUGCUCAAGGACGGCGUGGAUGACGAGCAGUGCAUCACGCAGCCCGCCAUGGCGGAGGCGCUGGGCGCCGUGUCUCGGGAAUGGUUCGGCGCGUCGAGCCGCCAGGGCGCGCGGCCGGCGCAGGUGGCGGCGCUCAUUGCCGUGCUGCGCCAGGUCUCCCCGCAGCUGCUGCGCUACGUCGUCAACAUGGCUGACGGGAACGGAAACUCAGCGCUUCACUACAGCGUGUCGCACUCCAACUUCCCCGUCGUGGCCGCGCUCCUUGACACUGGCGUGUGUGAUGUGGAUCGCCAAAACAAGGCGGGCUAUACGGCCGUCAUGCUGGCCUCGCUGGCGGCCGUGCAGGACGAGCGCGACAUGGACAUCGUGCGGCGCCUCCUCUGCCUGGGCAACGUCAACGGCAGAGCAAGCCAGGCGGGCCAGACGGCGCUGAUGCUGGCCGUGAGCCACGGGCGCGUGGACAUGGUGCGGGCGCUGCUCGCGUGCGGCGCCGACCCCAACGCGCGCGACGACGAUGGCUCGACAGCGCUCAUGUGCGCCAGCGAGCACGGCCACGCCGAGCUCGUGCGCCUGCUGCUGGCGCAGCCGGGCUGCGACGCCGCGCUCGCCGACAACGACGGCAGCACGGCUCUGUCCAUCGCGCUGGACGCGGGGCACAAAGACAUCGCCGUGCUGCUCUACGCACACGUCAACUACUCCAAGACGCCGUCGCCCGGGACGCCACGCUUGGGCCGCAAGGCCUCGCCCAGCCCCACGCGGCGGGGCCCCUUCGACUGACGGCCCAGAGGCUCCGGCGGCGGCGGCGGCGACGUCGGCGCGCCCCCGCGGCGUCUCGGCGCGGGGGAACCGCCGACGCGCGGGAACGGCUGCUGCUGCCGCAACCGCACCGGGACCCGGAACCCGGAGCCAGGAGCCAGGAGCCAGGGCACGGUUCUUCACCAAGCGCGGGGGGGACGAUCGCCGCGUCGCCGGGAGACCGCCCGGGGGGGUGCCUCGUGACGCUCGGGGGCAGCCACGGCCGUCGGCGGAGAAGGAUUUGGCUUUAGUUUGUGUUUUUAUAAUGCGCGGUUACUGAGCACGGUCGGGGGGCCCAAAGGCCCAUGACGUCAAGCGGACGGCAACCGACGGCACCAUCAGAGUUGUCAUCGGCGACGACGACGACGAUGAUGAUGAUGGGAGCGGUGCGAGGGAAGAGGCGCACGGAAGAGUGUUGUGACCUGCAGU